AUACACAAACAUCGAUUGGCCUUCGCAAAGCGCAAUCAGCUGCUCAGUUCGUUGCACAUUCUCAAAGUGUGGAAAGUGUGACAUCUGCAGUGUAUAUAGCUCAAUUUGUAAACGGGAUCUUAUUGGGAACAAAGAAAUCUCUUUAAUGUGAGCGCGCCUGCCACAACUAUUUCCUAUCUUAACCACUUCAGCAUAUCGUUACUCUUUUUUAUAAUUCCGAUCAAAAAUCAUUGUUCUCUUUAUUUAUCAACGAACAGUUCUCGGUAGCAUUGUGAUAUGUCCAUGACAACCAACCAAUGCAAUAAAUUACAUAUUAUACGCAUGCACACAUACAAAAAUUUCUGUUUUUGACAUUCUCUGACGUAGGCAUAUUUAAUGCCUCCAAGUGCAUACAUACACAAAUCACUGUAGCAACGUUGAUCUACAGAGUUGCGAAAGAGAAAGCGUCGACAUAAUAGGCGUAUCACCACUGUAUGUCUAGGCGAGUGCACGGGUAUUUAAAUAACCAGCAACAUGGGAGUCGUCUUCGUCGAACACAUGGGUGGAAUGAGGCUCUUUUCUUGUCGACACUGCGACACUCAUUUAACCAACAGGACUCAACUUAUAAGUACGAGAUUUACUGGUGGCUCCGGGAGGGCAUUCCUCUUUCAUAAAGUCGUUAACGUCAAGUACAGUGACAUACAAGAUCGAGUUAUGCUGACUGGACGUCACAUAGUACGAGAUGUUAACUGUAAAAAUUGCAAUACCAAACUGGGAUGGAUGUAUGAAUAUGCUCAUGAAAAAACUCAAGAAUACAAAGAAGGCAAAGUUAUCCUGGAGCGAGCUCUAAUUUCUGAAACUGAUGGAAUUGAUGAAAUUCUAUAACUUUCUUGUGUGUGAUGUAAAAAUGUCAUUUUCUUGUUUUAGUUAUUUUAAUGAGAAUUAAUUAUUCUACAACCAAGUGAAAAUUUGCAAUAACUGAAAUUAAAAGAUUUUUAUUAUAAUAAUUUUUAAGACUGCUAUUCAUUAGUGCUUUGGAUAAAGUAUUGUUGGAAAAAAUAUUCAUUGAUGAGUAUAUUCAACUAGUUUAAAAUAAUACGGAGCACUGUGAAAAAUAUUCCACCUAACAUACCUAAAAAUGUAAUAUAAUUCUCUGAAGUGUUCAAAAUAUUACCUUUUUUAAAUACUAUAUAAAUGUUGUACCGGAUAUGUCCAUCAUACUAUCAUGAUAUAGCAUUCUUAAUUAAGUAAAUUAAAAAUAUUAUAGCACACAAUACAAUCUAAGUAUAUCAAAGCAACAAAUGUGAUUUAAAUUGAAAAUCUGUUUUCAUCAAGUAAUAGCUUGUUACAAGUUUUACUUGAAAACAAUAAUCAAUUAGCUGUAAAACAAGGAAUAAAAAUGAUGUAAAUGUUUAAAUUAAUAAUUGUUAAAGAGUAUAGAUUUUUCAAAAAUUUAAAGAUUGUUUGGUUUAAAGCUUUCAAAAACUUGAAUAAGAAAUAAAAUAAAACUCCAGGUCAUACCAUUACCACAUUGUAGUAAAACUGGUUCUAAAUGUUAUGUUUUUCGAACCAUGUUGAGUGAUUAUUUUUAAAUUCAAGCUUUGUUGAAAAAAAUAAAUAUUUUUUGUAAAAA